AUUGAUAGACUUUUCUGCUCCUGGGACUGGCUCAUGGAUCACCGAGAUGUUGAGGUGCAUAGUUUCUAUAAGAGUGUAUCUGACCAUAGAUUAUUGUUGUUGACUGAGGCUAAGGAUAGGGAGAAGAAAAGGAGAAUAUUCUAUUGUGAUAAGAGGUGGGUGGGGAAAGAUGGGAUAAAGGAGGUGGUUGCCAAGGCUUGGGCCAUAGAAAAAACUGGGACCCCCAUGUUCCAAGUCACAGAGAAGGUGAAAGAAACUAAAGUGACCUUACUGAAAUGGAGUAGUCUCUUUAGAAAAGAAGAAAUUGAUGCCAAAAGGAGGAUAGAUGAGAGAUUGGAAAUGCUAAGCACUCAGGAGGCCAACAGGAAUUGGGAGGA